UAACUUUCACAUUCUCUAUAAUAUCGAAAUUUUUCACAAAUUCACAUCCUGAACCUGUCCGCCAUUGCCGUAUUUAUUAUUAGCAUGAUCAAAAUAAUCUCCAUUACAUUAAUCAGUUUCAUAAAGAACUGAAUAUUCCACCCUUAUAGAUUCUUUUCAUUCUUAUACCAUAUCUAGUCCACUCACUAAUCUAAUUACGUUUCGUUAUACGCAUGUAAUUCAGUUCCCUUCCACCACGUCUAGUGUUCGGAGUCUCUAAGGGCUCGAUAAUGCAGCCCUUGUCAAUUUCUCUUGUGGUGUUAACCGUCAGUUUGUUAUAUUGUGUUCAAUAUGCCUCUUCGAUCUUAUGCUAUGACUGCAACAGCGCAUACGAUCCUCGUUGCGGAGAAGAAUUCGAUUCCUUCAGUCUGGGUAUCAUCAACUGUUCCUUGAGGGACCCGCCAGAACACUUAGAACCAACUUUGGAGCCAACCUUCUGCAGAUCUAUCAAGAUGGAGAUCUACGGCAAGACACGGGUUGUCCGUCAAUGCGGCUACCUAGCCGAAGACCAGAUCCAAGGUCAAUCCUGUCGGCGCGUCGUCGGCAACGGUGACCUAUUCGUCACAUACUGCACUUGCAACACAGACCUGUGUAACUCCGGCGUUGCACACAACUACCAACAGAUGGCGUUUGUGAGUGCUGUGCUGUUUUUACUGUUCUGUUACUAGAGUGUUAGAUGGAAAUUAAAUGUUGUUUUUUUUUGUUUUAA